AAAAAAGAAAGAAGGAGAAAUUAAUUCUAUUGAAAAAUACAUAAUCAAAUCAAUCAUUUCCAGAAAGAAUUUCUCUAUUUCCAAACUCCAAAUCAAUGGAGGAAGCAGGACGACCACUUCCAAAAUUUGGUGAGUGGGAUGUCAAUGACCCAGCUACAGCUGAGGGGUUCACGGUGAUCUUUAACAAAGCUAGAAAUGAGAAAAGGUCGGGUGGAAAGGCAGACGCACCACCAAAGAGUAAUCACAAGCAUACAGCAACGCUUGGGAAGCCUCAAUCUAAGAAAUGGUUCUGCUGUAUGCGGUCUGGUGCUGUCGAGUGAUGAACUCUGUUUGCUCCUAGACACUGCAAUGGAAAGUAAAACUUUUUUGUGGAGCUGUAGUCAAGCUAUGAUGGAUCGAUCCCGGUGGAAUAAAACUCUGUCAUUUAUAAACAACUGAAAUGAAAUUACAGUUUUUGCUACCAGAACUUAUUGCAGCAUCAGUGCUGGACUUUUUUCUAAUCUCGAGUUUAUAAUAAUCGAUUAUCUUCCCAUUUUCUUGCCAAGGAUUUGGGAGGUUGGUUUUUGUUGUCA